UGUUAAAAUCAACAUGUGGAGAGAAUCGGGCUUAGCUUCUCUAGGCCUCAGUGCUGUCCGUCUAUCCUGGCAAACACUGGUUCGCCUUUCCUCAGAGUUCUUGGAUAAGAAACGUGGACAUGGCAGGAUUCAAGAACUUGAGCCAAGCCCCAUAUUUCUUUUCUUUCUCCUUUCCUGGAAACUCAAUUCUUGGAACGUUAGCAAUCAUGAGGUGCCGCUGAAUCCGCAAUGGAACUAGAGUGUCUGAACUAAGUUAGAAGUCUGAACAGAGAACACUGGUGCAGAAUAGUCGAAUGAGAAGGCGAAUGACUCAGUAAACCUCAUAGCUCAGUGUAUGUUCAUCCUUUCCUCUUUCCACUAACUUCAGAUUAAGUUUGUUAUUCAGGUUCUUCACAUUAUCUAUUGCAGAGAUAUUUUUCCCUCUACCUUAUCUACUCCUGUUAUCUUCUUCAAAUGUAUGGUGACAAAGCUAUCCCAGAUUGUUAAACUUUGAUUCCCAUGAAAAGAACUCUUAUCAGACUCGAGAUAUCAUAACUUUCUCGAAUUUAUGGCAAUUCUCUUGCACUCUUCGUCUCCAAUAGCAAAUCCAUUAACCAAGAAUUCAAGAAUGCCAUCUGGGUUCCUUGCCCAGGUACCAAAAUUCCAGUCUUUUCCACUAAAUAAUGGUUCUUCCAAAGUUUUGUCUUCAACCCAAGUAGCUAUAGCUCCAAAAGACGGUGUUUUUACGCUGCCCAAUUGGAAGUCUGGCAGAAAUGACCCAAGAACUAGAGAAGUUAGGUUGAAUGAUGCAUUUCUAUAUUUGGAGUAUAUGGUAGGGAAGGGCCACAAACCUGAUGUGGCUAAUGCCACUCAGCUGUUGUAUGAUCUUUGCAAAACCAAUAAGCUAAGGAAAGCUACGAGAGUUAUGGAGAUGAUAGUUAGGUCAGGGAGCAUUCCGGAUGCAGCUUCCUACACUUCCUUGGUGAAUCAUCUGUGUAGGAGGGGGAAUGUUGGGCACGCAAUGCAGUUAGUCGAAAGAAUGGAGGAAUGCGGCUACCCAACCAACACUGUUACUUAUAAUUCUCUUGUUAGAGGACUUUGUAUGCGUGGAAACUUGAAGCAAAGCCUGCAGUUUGUGGAUAGAUUGAUGCAAAAAGGGCUGGUCCCAAAUGCUUUCACUUACUCGAUCUUGCUUGAGGCCGCUUACAAGGAGAAAGGAGUUGAUGAAGCCAUGAGGCUUUUGGAUGAUAUAAUAGCCAAGGGUGGAAAUCCUAAUUUAGUGAGUUACAAUGUUAUACUUACUGGUUUGUGCAAGGAAGAUAGAGUUGAGGAGGCAAUCCAACUGUUCAGGGAUUUGCCGGCAAAGGGAUUUAAUCCUAAUGUAGUGAGCUACAAUAUUUUGUUGAGGAGCUUGUGCUACGAGGCACGUUGGGAGGAGGCAAACGAGCUUCUUGCAGAAAUGGUUGGUGAUGAACGAGCACCAUCCAUAGUGACUUAUAAUAUAUUGAUUGGCUCACUUGCGGUUCAUGGUCGAACCGAUCAGGCACUUGAAAUUUUGGAGGAUUUGUUCAGAGAUGGACAGUUCAAACCCGAUGCUGCGAGCUACAAUCCCAUUCUUGCUCGCCUUUGCAAGGAAAGGAAGGUGGAUGCCGUUGUUAAGUGUCUUGACCAAAUGAUUCUCAGGAAUUGCAGUCCUAAUGAGGGAACCUAUAAUGCUAUUGCCGUGCUCUGCGAGGAGGGAAUGGUGCAAGAGGCAUUUUCAAUAAUUCAGAGUCUGAGAAGCAAACAGGAUUCAUCCAUUCAUGAUUUCUAUAGAACUGUAGUAUCUAGCUUGUGCAGAAAAGGUAACACAUAUCCGGCAUUUCAGUUGUUGUAUGAGAUGACUUCUUGUGGAUUUACUCCAGACUCGUACACAUAUUCCUCACUGAUCAGAGGAUUGUGUUUGGAGAGAAUGUUGGGUGCUGCCACUGACGUGUUGAGAGUCAUGGAAGAAAAUGGAUACGGGCCUGAUGUUGAUAAUUUCAACGCCCUUGUUCUCGGGCUGUGCAAAUGCCAGAGAACAGACUUGUCUCUGGAGGUAUUCGAGAUGAUGAUUGAGAAGGGUUAUAUGCCUAAUGAGACUACUUAUACCAUUUUAGUUGAAGGGAUCAUCCAUGAAAAGGAAAAGGAGCUGGCAGUCGCACUUUUGAGAGAGCUGCAUGUGAGACAAGUCGUGAGCCAAAAUACAGUGGAAAGACUUACUAUGCAAUAUGAUCUUGAAGGUCUAUCCAGCAGGCAUAGCAUGACUAGUUGAAGGAAGCAAUGAGUGGUGCAACGGUUAGGCAUCACCUAUAUUUUAUUGGGAUGAUGAUCUUAGCAAAUUUGUUGAGUUCUAUAGAUGGGGGAGUCUUGUACAUUAGAGAAGAUACCCUAGGCUGAAAAUAGGGUACUUGGAACAUUCAUUUUUAUGGUAGCAGACGGUGGAUUUAGUAGAACAAUCUCUCUCCCUCGAGUUUAUUAUCAUUGCAACUAGAUUGCUCUUAGCUCUCCGUUGUGUAAAAUGCUGCAUUUCUUUUACAAGCACCAAGAUUUUGCUGUACACAAUGAUUCUUAGUGCUCUUUGACACAAUUAAUAUGAGGUAUUCUUCACAUCAAAUUGAAGAAAUGUUGACGCAGCUCUCUUCCUCACUCAAAGAAGGCAUUUUGGGUGUGAAAUUCUUCGGUCUGGAACCUUAUGAUGAAAAGCAUUCGAUUUAUGAAACCUUACUCUACCCUGCUUGCCUUGAGUACGGAAAGUUCAAUGUAAAGACAAUUCAACGAAUAACUAUAAUUUCACAUCCCUGCCCAAACCCCAUUAACUGGAACAAGUCUUGUAUCCAGAAUUAAAAACCACUUUCACUUUCAGUAGAAUUGAGUUGAAAAUUGAGCACGGAAAAAUUCAAUGUAGACAAGAGCUUCAGCUCUGAAAAGAAUUAAUUAUGUUUAAAUAAAUAACCAAGAAGCAUAAUUAGUGGUUGCAACUAUGCAUACUCUUGUGCUACAUUUAAGUGAUUUAGAAGUGGAGGGUGUUCAAAAAAUUUGUUUAGAAAAGGAGGUGAAAAGUGGAGGGUAAGGACAGAAUGCGUGCAAUAAAUCUGGAAAUUCACCAAAACUCUCAGUCAAAUCGUUUCCCUUUUGGUUGUGCUUGCCCACAAUAUCAUUGUGAUACAGUCAAGCAUUUGAAGAAUGCCUAAGACAUCAACAUCCCCGAUCCCCAACCAGGUGCAAUUCCAACCAAGAGAAACAAAAACUCCCCUGCAGACUAGAAGCAGGGACCUAAGAGAAAAAGGAUUCAAACAGACGAUCAGCAAGCCUGAAGAAAAUAUCAAUUCGGAUAACAAGGUUUAGAUGAGUGGAGAGUACGAUUUAACAAGUCACUCAUCAGAAUAAGACCAGCAGCAAAAAUUUCAUAAAGUCAACCAAAGACUACUUAGAAAAGUCAUACAAAACCUGAAACUAAGUCCCUAAAUAGGAAUAGAACAGGUAAUAAGGCAGCUCCAUUUACAGAACUUGCUAUAGUCGAUCCCACUGGCCAGGCA